AUGACCACACUGACAGGCUCGCCUACGAGGUCUCGCAAUAAUGCGUUUCUUGACCGGUACGUCCAGAGCCUAUCUCCAGAGAAGCCACUGAAACCAUUUUCUCCGUCCAAGUUGAAUUCAUCAAUCAAUUUACGGAAUGACCUGAAAGUUUCGGCAGCGGCACCUAGCAACAAAGAAAAGGUCGAGAGGACAUGGUCCUCGACGCCUUCCAAAAAAUAUCAAGUUCAAUUGAAUAGUACAAAUUCUGAUCCAAGUACUUUUGGCUUAUCUUUUGAUAUGUCCAGCUUAUCAAAGGACGAGAAAGCAUACUAUGAGUUCUUAUGUCGGGUAGGCGAAGUCAAACGGUGGAUUGAAACAGUUACUGAGCAGAAAUUGCCAUCCGAACUGGACCUUUGCGUUGGUGAUGGUCUUCGUAAUGGUGUCUACCUGGCAUUGCUAACACAAAAGAUUAAUCCAGAUUUAGCUCCAACAGUUUUUCCGGCCGGCGAAAAGCUACAAUUUAAGCAUACCCAAAAUAUCAACACUUUCUUCUCUCUUGUUGACCACGUUGGCCUUCCUGAAUCAUUCAGAUUCGAACUGCAAGACCUGUACAAUAAGAAGGACCUGCCCCAGGUUUUCGAGACUCUUUACAUUCUAAUUACGAUAAUAAGCAAAAAAUGGCCACUCAAAACUCCACCACUUCAAUCAUUAUCUGGUCAAUUGUCAUUUUCAAAGGAGCACCUGCAAAGAUGUAAAAGAGCAUGGCCAAGAAUUCGAGAUUUCAAGUCUCUAAACGUCAGUCCUAUGAACUCACCCGUUGCUAGGAAAGCCGGACCUGCGUUGAAAAGCGGUUUAAUAGAAGAUUUCAAAAUUGCCGAUAAAAAUGAGAUCGAUCCAGAACCCGCCAUUCUGACGCCCAUCAAAAAAUCCCAAAGUAUAGCAUUUCCCGAAUUGUCUCCUACAAGCGAGGUUCGAAGCCUGUUUGCGUCGCCUAGAUCAGCAGACAGAUCCGCCAGAGCUUCUCCACCAAGAUUAGAGACUUUUGGCAUACGCGGUGAAGAAGUUUUGUCAACUACUCCCCUUUUGGAAUACAGUCCAUCAAAGAAUGUGAGUCUAUCUUACUAUUCACCUUCAGUCUCAAAAUAUCUCACGUAUGACACUGAUUACUAUAGGUUGAGAAGUCGAGCAAGAGAAGAUGACUUAGACUACUACCAGAGUUUCAAAUAUGGACCUUUUGAUUAUUCGCCGAAAAGGAAACAAAGAAUGACAGAAACUGAGUUUCUCGAUAGUGUCAUACAGUUACAAUCUCUAUCGCGUUCAGUAAAUUUGAGAUUUCAGCUGCAAAUUCAGAGGAAUUUGCUCAAAAUUUUUGGAAAAGAAAUAAUUUACUUGCAGUCCUGCAUCAGAGCCAAUCAUAUGAGAAGUGCCCCAUAUCUGCGACUGCUAGAUCAAAAGUGCUUAGAAAGUUUGAGGAAUCUCCAAGCGUUAUUGAAAGGCUUAGACGCACGUAAAUCGCUGGAUAUAUGCAAGUUCAAAUUGCUUAAACAAGAAGGAGCUCUGCUGAAAUUUCAAUCAGUUUGCAAGGGCGAUGUUUUGAGAAAACAAACCAAAAUUCUUUUGGAUGGUAUCGAGUUUACAAAAUCAGCGUUGGUUGGCUUCCAGGCGUUGUUGAGGGGGAAGCUUCACCGAACAUUAGAUAAACGACCUUCAUUACUUUUGAGCGAUCUCGUCGGCUUGCAACAGCUGCAAGCCAUUUGUGCAGGCAAAGCGGUAAGGAAACGUCAACUCAAUCUCGAGAUCGAGCUAAUUCAAGUAUCGCACAUCAUUUGCCAGCUGCAAAGCCAUGUCAAAGGAUGCCUAAAAGGAUUGGCAUUUAAGCCAUUGUUGGCCUCGGUAGGCAAGUAUGAAAAAUCAAUUAGCCGGCUCUGUGGAUGCAUCAGAGGCAAGAAGAAACGAUUUGCAAUGAAGGAUGCUCUCUGUGGAGAAUAUGAAGAUCUCCAAAUAAUGCUUCGUCUCCAAGCCAUAACUAGAGGGAUUCUGGUUCGUUACACGUUGGAUUUGGUUGAUGAUAUUAUUGAGAUCAACAAUCUCCGGGAGAUGCAAGCGAGCCUGAGAGGUCAUAAGCUCCGUAUAAAGCUAAGAGAAAGGUCAUCUUUGUUCCGUCGAAACAUUAGAUCAAUUGUUCUGAUACAAAGCAAAAUAAGAAUGUUUUUGCUGCGAAACGCAUAUUUAGAUGUGAUGCACUGCCCAAAUCCAAGCUUAUGGAGUGUGAGAAAGUUCACUCACUUGUUGAAUGGUAUUGGCACUAUUGAAGAAGAACAAAACCGUCUUGAAGGUUGUCAAGCUCAGCUGGAUUCUGAGAAUUCAAGAAAGGAAAACCUAGAAAGUGAGAUUAGGAAACAGAUGGACAUGCUUGAGCUUUUGGAAUCAUAUGGCUUAAAUCCAGAUUAUGUCACUGAUUCAAACGCCCUCGCAAUUCCCAAACAUAAGUUUCCUGCUUUUGAAAAAUUGUUCUAUCUUUUACAGGUUGAUCCAUCUUAUUGGAAAUUGAUGUACUCCAAAGACCCUGAGUUUACGGUACGAAACGUUUAUGUUUCUUUCAGCACGGUAAAUCAAAAAAUGGGUAGUAGAGAGAAAGCGCUUUUCAUAAGGCUGUUAGCUGAAAUUUUGCAACAGGAUAUGUCAGAGGCUCGCUCAGUUCGCCAGUUCCUCCAGAAUACCGAUGCCCCUUGGAUUAAGUUACUAAGACUUUUCCUUCAUAAGGAAUACCCGGAUAUCUUCACACUCUUCCUUCCUCUGUUGAAAUAUUUGGCAGAUCCAGAAAUACAUUUUGAAAGCAAUCCUUCUAUUAUUUUUAAAGAGUUGCAUGGCUUUCAACCCCCAACAAAUGUUUCGGCAGUUGAAGAUGAAAAGACAUCGACCACAUUUAUCCAAAAUUUGAGAAACUUGUGGCAUUCUGUCGAACUAAUUGCCAUGUUAUUCAGCAAAAAGGUGGCUAAAAUACCCACAGAAGUUAGGUUUAUUUGUACAAAAGUUUUCUGCUCAGCGGCAGACAAAAACGCCGACGAAGCAGAUAUGAGGAGAGCAAUAUCAACAGUGCUUGUUAGAUGUUUUUGCGCUGAAUAUUUGACGCAGCGAUCUCAUUAUGGCUUCACAGAGUCUUCUUAUUCAAACCUUGACAGAAAGAUUGAAAUUACAAUGGACGCCUUAAUGACCGUCCUUUCCGGAAGCAGAUUCAAUAACUACUAUGAUCCGUUGAAUGCAUACUCGAAGGAAAUUAACCCACAAGUCAGAGAAUUAUUGAUGAGUACUUUGUUGGAUCCGCAGUACGAGCAUGAUGGCGAUGCGAUUAUUUACCAUGAUAUGGUGUCAGCUAAUCCGCAGUUGGAAAUUCUCAGCGAGAAGGUGUUGACCAUAAGUUCCAAAUUUCACGAGAACUUACUCUUUUUUCCAAAUGAUGAUGUGAUUCAUGAAAUCCUAAAGACAUUGCCGCAUUAUGCCAUAUCGAAUGGAAGGAUUGUCUUGGAUCUCGCCCCCAGUGCCUAUAGAUUCCUAGUCAGCGAUGAUAAAACAAGAAAAUUGUAUGAUCAGGCCAAGAGAGCAUUUGUUUACAUGACGCAAGUGGAAGAGAUAAGUACAGAUCUUUACGAUCUCGCAUUGAGUUGUGUUCUCCCACAGGAUGAACCGCAUUUCGAAGUUUUGAUCGCCGCGCAUAGUGAGAUCCAACGCGACCCCAUGAUCCAAUCACUCGCGUCCAGAAGCUAUUUUGAAUUAAAGAAUGCCACUUUGAAGAAAAUUCAUGAGUUGGAAAGUCUUGGGAUGCUCAAUCCUGCUGGAAACAGGCUCCAAAAUUUCUUAAAUGACAUAGCAAACACAAUUAAGGACCCGCAUUAUGCUGUGAGCUAUGUGAUUCGUGAGCUCGAUAUAACGAAGCAAACGCUGCUUCGAAUACGUCAGAUCAACAAGGGUUUGGAAAGUGACUUGGUGCAACAAAAAAAAAGUAUCAAGCGAGUGUUUGGAAAUAUCCAACAGAGUAGAAGUUAUGCUUCACACAAUAAAAGCACAUUCGGUAAUUUGAAGGGUGCAUAUAUGAAGACACAUAAAAAAAGCUCUGAAAUGGAAGGCCUCAAAUUUAAAUGGACGACUAGACAACUGUAUGAAAAAGGUGUCGUUAAAAGUAUUGCGGGUGAGAAGCUAGCAGAGCAAAAGGUUAAGGUUUUCGGGUCAAGUGGUCCGCAAUUUCCUGACAUUAUCUUUAAGAUGGCUACUUCCGAUGGUGUUAAAUACGGUAUUCAGCUGUUGGACAAGAGAAAGGGCCCGGAGAGAAAACAUCAAGAUUGCGUUGACUCUUUCAACUUGGAGGAGUUGCUCGGCGCCCAAGUCGAAUCUAAGCUGUCCAACAUGAAGCUUUUCGGUGGGAAGGUCACUAUGUCCAGUUCAGCUUUGUUGAGUCUUAUAGUGUCAACUUUUCUGCAUUGA